AUGGAGAACUUUGUUCUCCAGCUAGGUGAGGCCGAAGGGGGACGGCAGGAGGCCUGUGGAGCUGUAAGACGGGAGAGACAGCCAGAUUUUUCUGCCCCUAAGGAGACGGCAAGCUCUGGUCUCUGGUGUGUCACAGGACCACAGAACCGUGGAGCUCGCUUCGCGCUCAAAAACUGUUCACGGCCCUCGUUCGGUGGCCGGUCCAGCCCCGUGCUCUCCACCAGGACCGACCGAGCCGCCGAGGCCUUCACCCCGGCCGGCAGGUCCCCUCGAAGGGGCAGCAGGCCGAGCGGGCCAGGCGGGGGCGGGCCGGCUCCGGCCCCUGCCAGAUACCUGCCAGUACGCAACUACAGUCUAAGGGGAUAUAGAGUCUCGCAUGACACUGAUUAUAUUUUCCAGGUGUUCACCGUUGAAGAAAUGAUGCCCCAUGUCCAACACAUGAAAGGAGGUCACAGUAAAAACCUUUUUCUUAAAGACAAAAAGAAGAAAGGGUUCUGGCUGGUGACUGUUCUGCACAACAGGCAAAUCAAUUUAAAUGAUCUUGCUAAAAAACUGGGCGUUGGAAGUGGAAACCUAAGAUUUGCUGAUGAAAAUGCCAUGCUGGAAAAGCUAAAAGUGGGCCAGGGCUGCGCGACACCACUGGCGCUCUUCUGUGACCAGGGAGAGGUGAGGUUUGUGCUGGAUGCUGGCUUUCUGGAAGGGGGCCACGAAAAGGUGUAUUUUCAUCCAAUGACAAACUCUGCAACCAUGGGCUUAAGCCCCGACGACUUUCUGAAGUUUGUGAGAUCGACAGGCCAUGAUCCCAUCGUCAUACAUUUUGAUGAAGACAUCAAGUAGAUGAAGUUCACAUUUCUCUUUACUAGGCAUAGAUUUUGUACAGCAAAACCGGCAAAAAGUCUUGUUACAAAUAAAAUUUGAAAAAACAGGCUUAUUCCUUCUUUAUUUUUUCAGCUGUGUAAGUUUACAGUGUGUAACCUGGUGAGAAAAAAGUACUGUCUUCGGGUUAUUAAAAGUUUAACAGAAUAUUCUUAAAAAGACAAAACAUGUUUGCAAACUACCACUAAGACCACUAAGAAACCAGUAAGUAGAGAAGGCGUUAUUUCAAUAAUGUUACACCGUUUGUUAAUAUAAUGG